UGCCGCGAGCGAGCGGGGCGGGGGGGCCGGGGGCGGCGGCGACAACCACAACAACAACAACAACCACCGCCACAACCACCGCCGCGACGACGGCGAUGGCGGCAGCCAAGGCGGCAGCCGAGCCCCUGGGGCGGACGGCGGAAGAGGUGGCUUGGGCGGAGGGGCUGCGCGGGGCCUGCGAGCCCGAGCACCACUGGCGGCACCGCCGGGAGUUCCUGCUGCGCAACGCGGGGGAGCCGCCGGCGGCGGGCAGCGCCCAGCUCCAGCGCCUGGUGUCCCUCUCCAUGGUGUGGGCCAACCACGUCUUCCUGGGCUGCCGGUACCCUCCGCAGGUCAUGGAGAAAGCGCUGGAAAUGGCCGAAGGCAUCCAAGUGACCAGCGCGCCUGUCCGCACCACGAGAGACGAACUGGUUGCCAAGGUGAAGAAACGAGGCAUAUCAAGUAGCAAUGAAGGGGUAGAAGAACCCUCCAAGAAGCGAGCUGUUGAGAAAAGCAAAGAUUCUAAGGAUACUGGAAAGGAUGUGAGAACAACCAAGGCAGAAGUCCCAAAGGAAACGGAGAGCACAUUGCCCAAAAAGCAGGAAAAAGGUACUAGCAAAGAUCCAGAAAGCUCCCAGUCCACUUGUAGUUCAAAUCAGGAAAUGGUCACAGCAUCAGACACAGAAACAGAAGGAAAACCUGCUAAUGCUGAAAAUGCUACUGAGCAAAAUGCAUCUUCAUCUGAAAAAGAGUCAGGAGAGAAGCCUUGCUCAAACCCAUCUAAGGAAAGCAAGUGUGAAAAUGUGCCGUCACCUGAAAAGAAAACUACAGUAGGUGCAGUGCCACUGGCUGCCAAGAGCACCCCGCAGGCAGCAGCAGCAGCACCAGCUGCCAAGAGCACCCCGCAGGCAGAGGCAGUGCCACCAGCUGCCAAGAGUGCCUCACAAGUAGAGGUGGUGGCAGGCGUGGUGCCACCAGCUGCUAAGAGUGCCCUGCCGGUAGAGGUGGUGCCACCAGCUGCUAAGAGUGCCCUGCAGCCAGAGGUGGUGGCAGCAGCAGCAGUGCCACCGGCUGCCAAGAGCACCCUGCAGCCAGAGGUGGCAGCAGCAGUGCCACCGACCACCAAGAGCACCCCACAGGCAGCAGCAGUGCCACCAGCUGCCAAGAACAGCCCACAAACAAGUGCUACCUUGCUGUCUUCCAAAAACCAGGCUAGUGCCCCAGCAUCAGUGUCCAAGAGCAGCACUCAGGUGGGCACCUCGCUGCUGCUGGCCCCCAAGAGCGGCUCUCAGGCAGGCACCUCGCUGCUGCUGGCCUCCAAGGGCACUGCUAAGGCAGGCUCCUCACUCCUGGCCUCCAGGAGCAGCGCUGAGGUGGCUGCCUCAUUGUUGGCUGCUCGGAGCAGCGCUCCGCAGGGAUCCUCCCUGCUGACUUCCAAGAGCAGUGCUCAGGUGGCUGCUUCGCUGCUGGCUGCUCGGAGCGGUGCUCAGCAAGGUCCCUCGUCACUGGCUUCCCGGGGUGGAGUUCAGGCAGGUGCUUCCCUGCUGGCCUCAAAGAGCGGCUCACAGGCAGGUGAAAGCCCCGCUAAGGCUUUGUGCAAACCCUUAACAAGCGAAGAUGCAAAAGAAAGACAACCUUUUUUCAACAGACUAUAUAAAGCAGUAGCCUGGAAACUGGUUGCUGUUGGAGGCUUCAGUCCAAACGUAAAUCACGUUGAACUUCUAAACUCAUCUAUUCAGUCUGUAAAAGCUACUUUAGAUGUUGCUUUUGUUCCCCUGAAGGAACUUGCAGACUUGCCUCAAAAUAAGAGCUCUCUAGAAAACAUAGUUUGUGAACUGAGGUGCAAGUCUGUCUACUUGGGUACUGGCUGUGGUAGAAGUAUGGAAAAUGCCAAAGCGGUUGCUUCAAGAGAAGCGUUGAAAUUGUUCCUCAAGAAGAAAGUUAUUGUGAAGAUAUGUAAAAGAAAAUAUAAAGGUAGUGAAAUUGAAGAUUUGGUACUUCUGGAUGAAGAAUCAAAACCUUUGAAUUUACCUCCAGCUUUAAGAAAUCCUCGUGAGAUCUUGUAGGGGAGAAUCGCUGUUGUACCAUGUAUAGUAUUUCAACACAAGACUGCAGGUUAAUUUUGUACUUUAAAAAUGCAGGCUUCCAGAUAUUUUGUAUUUCUUCCUCAGUUUUGCAAGACGACGAUAGUCCUUUUCACUUGGUAGCAAUUGUAUAAAACUUGUUUGAGAUGACGAGUGCGCAUUUAAAGGUAUGCCUUAAUAUAUAGCACACUAGUGUGCUGUUUUAUUUGCGAAAUAGUCUACCUAAUUCUUCUAUUUUUAAUUAAAUGAUUAAGGUACAAUUUGCUGUUUAAAACCUGACCAUUUUGUAGUUCUUACAAUUUGAUGGCAGUGUGCUCAAUUGUCUACCAUGUCUUUUUUAGCCACAUAGAAGUGUGUAUAUAGGGACCAUAAUACUUGAAUGAUUGAAAGUUGUUUAAAAAUUUCAGUCAAAGUCGAAUCAUCCAUUUCAGGCAUGUUGCUCAUAAUGUUCACUGUUACUCAUACUAGGAGGGAAAAUAGUUGGUUGACUAUUUUUAUGGGACGUUUUUGUAACACUUGCAAUAUAAAUUACACCCUUAUUCCAUUUAGCAUUACACUAGCAGGUUAGAUCCCAUUUAGCCCUAUGCUGGCAAAUUAUCAGUUACCAGUCAAGUCACAGCUGCUUCAGCCACCAAAACUCUUUAAGCAGAUUUAAUUUAUAUUGUGAAAUAUCAUUUACACUUUUUUCAAAUAAACUUGGAUUUCUAUACUAAGAAUAUUUUGACUGCUACUAAAACAAUAAAACCUCUGGGAGUUGCUUUUAUAAUACUUUGGGUUUGGCUAUUAGGUAUUGCAGGCAUUUCAAUAAUUUUGCAACACCUUAAGAAAAGCUUCACUUUGGGUGACAUGAAGGUGUAAUACCACAAGGAUGAGUUGUUUUCUUUGGCUGUGUAGCUGAAAUACUGUUAAACUGAUAGAGUGGACCUAUAGAAUAUCCAUUUCUACUUAGGUAACACCUGCCAAAAUAAGCAAAAUGUAGAUGGCUGCUUUCUGGCAGAGACUGCAAGUGUAUGUAAAGUGCUCACAUUAACUGCGCCUGCCCUCUGCUACAUACUGUGUACUGGAUGGUUUGAAGCAAAGAAAGGGAGAGAUUACUCUUGUUUCAGUGUUACUGAAGUACUGCACAGACUGCAUGUUUUGAUAUAAUUGGAUAAUGACGUAAUUGUGAAAACAUGUCUUCAAUGCUAUUUUGAAUUAAUCUUGUCCAAUUACAGUAGUUAGCGUUAUUUAAUGGAGACCUUACACCUGACUGACAGAUCAAUUGAUUGAGUACUAGAGCAGUUAAUAGGAAUUCCUGGAAUCUUGGUAGUAUCCGUGUCCACUUGAAGAUUUAGAGUUCUUUUGUGAUUUUGGAACUAAACCACAGUAGCGUUGUUACCCUGUACCAUACAUGAUUUUGAACAGCUGUGGCUGUCCAGUCCAUGGCACCUGAAGCCUGCAAGGCAUUUGCACUUCCUGAUGGCCGGUUGAGAAUUUCCUCCAUCUGACCUCUGUGCUUCUGUGCCCUCGGUCACCCUUCUCUCUAGUUAGGUUUCUCAGGAAUUUUCCCUCAUUGUUUCUGGAGCACCACCCAACAUUUGGAACACAAUAUUAAAUUGCAUCUCACACAACAUAAGAACUGGUGCAUGCUUCUCGCACAGAGUGAGUUCCAUGCUGUAUUUGGGAGCUGUGUUAUGCAUGCCAGGAAGCACGAUACCUGUUUCCAAAUCCUUGCCCUGUUCAGCAGAAUGACUGUUUCUACAGGGCAGGAACUUGCAUCCUAUGCCCCCUGCAGUACAGCUCUUCCAGCUCUUAGUUUGGGCAUCUCCAGAUCCCCGGCUGAGAUUGCAGUGUGUGUUGCAGCGUGAGAGUCUGUGUUCCCUCUAAAGUGAAGCUCAGAGUAUUUUCUGACCUCAGGGGGCUGUUAGGGGAACUUUUAAAAGGCUGAAGUGCUAGAUGCCUUUUUUUUUAAGUCCUGACUUAAGCUUUUAAAAAAUUUUUGAAUGUUACUCCUUUUUGAUGUUUGGUUGUGAUUCAUUAAAGGAUGAGUCUGUAGCUACUCUUAAUAGAAACUGAAA